CCCUCGCUUCCAAGCUACUACCCCGAGCGCGCGAGAGCGAGAGCGAGCCAGCCAGCGCCACUUGACUCCAGCUCCUUCCUCCCCUCCCCAUCCUUCCGUCCUCGGCUUGCAAAUCACAUCGCGUCACCGGAGCCAGCUACGAGCGCGUGAGACCAGCAGCGGGACAGCAUGGAGGGGGGCGGCGAGGGGAAGGGCCGGGCGGCGCCGGCGACGGCGGCGGGGGGAGGGUUCGGAGGGUACGAGUCGGCCGGGGACCGCAAGUGGUGGCCCUGGCUCGUGCCCACCGUCAUCGUCGCCUGCGUCGCCGUCUUCGUCGUCGAGAUGUGGGUCAACGACUGCCCCAGGCACGGCAGCGCGCUCGGCGGCGGCUGCGUCGCGGGAUUCCUCCGGCGAUUCUCCUUCCAGCCGCUCCGCGAGAACCCGCUCCUCGGGCCCUCCUCCACCACUUUGGGGAAAAUGGGAGCUCUGGACUGGAACAAGGUUGUCCAUCAGCACCAGGGGUGGCGUCUCAUUAGCUGCAUCUGGCUCCAUGCUGGCCUGAUCCAUUUGGUUGUGAACAUGCUAAGUCUGCUGUUUAUUGGGAUUCGUCUUGAGCAGCAAUUUGGGUUUGUUCGCAUUGGCGCUAUCUACCUACUGUCUGGUUUCGGUGGCAGCGUGAUGUCUGCACUCUUCCUACGAAAUAACUACAUCUCUGUUGGUGCAUCUGGAGCUUUAUUUGGGCUGCUUGGAUCUAUGCUUUCUGAGCUACUUAUGAACUGGACUAUUUACUCCAACAAGGUUGCAGCCAUAAUAACCCUUCUGUUUAUAAUCGCGAUCAACGUGGCAAUCGGGAUACUACCGCAUGCUGAUAACUUUGCUCACAUUGGUGGAUUCCUGACCGGGUUCCUUUUGGGGUUCGUUCUGCUGGCAAGGCCACAAUUCGGUUGGUUGGAACGCAGCGAGCUGCCCCAUACCAAUCAGCCCCCCAAGUACAAACCAUACCAAUAUGUCCUGUGGGUUGUGGCACUCGUCUUGCUGCUUGUCGGGUUCACGCUUUCGUUGGUGAUGCUCUUCAAGGGCAAGAACGGGAAUGACGGCUGCCACUGGUGCCACUACCUGAACUGUGUGCCGACGUCGAGGUGGAAGUGCGAUACCUAGGCGGUUCCUUCUUUCGGUUUUCGACGAAAACCCGUAGUGUUGUGAGGACCAUUUUCAUGCUUGUAUGUUUGUAGAUAGGAACUUGUUCUUUAGUGAACUCUGUAAAUUUGUUUGGCAGGCUCUGUAAGUUUGUAACUCGAGCACUCUCCAGUGAUUUCAUGCGUGUUUUUGUGUAAGAGGCCGUAUCGUUUUGAUC